GCUGCGGGCCAAGGGCCGCGCCGAACCUGCCGAGCCGGCCGGGCCGGGCCCCGGGGUGACCCCCGCCCUCUCACAACGCCUGUGGCAGGGAGGCGGGCUUUGGGCGGGCCGCCCGCCACUUACCGAGCCCCAGCACCGGGAUGCUGUGGCCGCUGGCUACCGGCACCGCGGGGACACCGCCCGGACCGGGACUGCCCGCCGAUGCCAUAACCCGGCUGCGGUCUGGGACUACAACUCCCGGCUGCCCCGGCGUUACGGCGCCGCGGGCAGCCGGGAGCCGGGCAAGAGGAGCCGGGAAACGGGGAGCCGGGAAACGAGCGGCCGGGAGCCGGGAAACGAGCAGCUGGGAGCCAGGCUGUCCCCGGACCUGGGGCCCGGUCCCGGCGAGCGGUGGGGCGUGCGGCGCCCCGGCUGAGCCCGCUUCCGUUUCCUUCGUGAGGCAAGUGGCGGGGGCGCGCUCCCCCGGCAUGCUGUACCUGGUGGGGCUGGGCCUGGGGGAUGCCAAGGACAUCACGGUGAAGGGGCUGGAGGCGGUGCGGCGCUGCCGCAGGGUGUACCUGGAGGCCUACACGUCCGUGCUCACCGUGGGCAAGGAAGCGCUGGAAGAGUUUUAUGGAAAAGAAUUGAUUUUGGCUGACCGAGAAAUGGUGGAACAAGAAGCAGAUAGCCUUUUAAAAGAAGCUGAUGUUUGUGAUGUCGCAUUUCUUGUGGUUGGUGAUCCUUUUGGGGCUACAACACACAGUGAUUUAGUGCUACGUGCAGUAAAAUUGGGGAUUCCUUACAAGGUCAUUCAUAACGCCUCAAUAAUGAAUGCAGUGGGCUGCUGUGGCUUACAGUUGUACAAUUUUGGAGAAACCGUUUCCAUAGUGUUCUGGACAGAUACAUGGAAGCCAGAGAGCUUCUUUGACAAGAUUGAGAAGAACAGGCAGAAUGGAAUGCACACCCUGUGCUUACUUGAUAUUAAAGUGAAGGAGCAGUCUCUGGAGAAUCUCAUGAAAGGAAGAAAGAUUUAUGAGCCACCACGUUACAUGAGUGUGAAUCAAGCUGCAGAACAGCUUCUUGCCAUUAUUCAAAACAGAAGGCUCCAAGGAGAAAACCCAGAAAUUACUGAAAACACAAUUUGUGUUGGCCUUGCUCGUGUGGGUGCUCUAGAUGAGAAAAUUGCUUCAGGCACUCUACAGCAGAUGUCCACUGUGGAACUGGGUGCUCCACUACAUUCCUUAAUUGUUACAGGCACUAUGCAUCCUCUGGAAUUGGAAAUGCUUAAACUGUUCUCUGUAGAUAGUUCCAGUUUUGAAAAUAAUGCAUGUCAAAGGACUACUUAAAUAAAAACAAGGAUUUCUAUUUUUA